CUUUCGAUUCGACCACAACGGUCAGGGUUGUUUUGCUUAAAGGCCGGAAGGUUCGCAACAACUUGAACAUGCGUGAUACCGCUAUAUUUAUGUUUGACAUGAGUAUUGCGUAACUCUACACAGAAGUACUCAAUCGUGCUUUGUUUGGCUGUUGCUUUUAAUUAACAUUUUCUUGAAUACUUUUUAUUUACUAAAAUGGAAAAUAUUCCAAACGAAACAGAUAUUUCUGUUAUUUUUCGAGUCUGGGAAGAAGGUAACAGUGAUCCACACCAUGAUCCCAUUCCGAUUCUAAACAGGUUGGCUGAGCUCUUUGAGCUAGAAACUGAAAAUUAUUUGAAAAUGGAUCCAGAUCCUUUUGAUGAGCGUCAUCCAUCUAGAGCAGAUCCAGACUGUGCCCUUGGUCACAUGCUAAAAGUUAUUUUUCGAAAAGAUACUUUCAUGAACAAGUUAGUGAAUGACUAUCUUCGAGAUAAUUAUUACUCUCGCCUGGGAAUAUCAGGCAGAAACGUCAGGGAUCUGAAUGUUGCUGCGUGCCGAUUGAUGCUAGAUAUUACCCCUGGACUAGAGACAUCUGCUGUGUUUGAAACUCCAAGCAAUGAUGCCCUUGUCAACCGUUUAUUUGCUUGGGCAAGGGAGGCUCCUGAACCUCUUCAAACCUAUGCCACUGGGUUAUUGGCAGCAGCCAUGGAAGUACAGGAUAUUGCAGUUGUGUUUCGGGAAAAAAAUUCUCAAAUGGUCCCUUUAAUGCUAAAACGUUUGCAUAUGCUCCAAGCUCAAGCAAGUGAGGAAAGACUGGCAGCUAUGAAUUCCAGUCGACCUUUUGCCCACCUCGGAUCAAAAUCUGAGCUCAAAUCAGAUUCUUUAGUUUCACCUGCAAUUAAAAAGAAAAAAACAGAUGCCUCCCCGCUUGGAUCAAGUAAAGAAAAUGGAUUAAUGAGUCCACCUCACUGGAAAGGAGGGGCAACUACUCCUCUUGUCAAUGGUGAAAAGACAGAAAAGGGUGUUUCAGAAAACCAAGGACGCUCGUCUCAAGUCAAAGAACAGAGUGAGGUAGGCAAAACCACACCAAAGGUCAAGUCCAACAUAGCUGAAGAGGACUUACCGGAGGGAGUUGGCCUUCUGCCACCUACCACACCUGGGCGGGAGCCACCUUGGUCUCGAAGUCCCAUGAUGUCUCCACCUCAUGCAAUUCCGCAACAUUCAGUCUUACGUAGCCCAUAUCAUACUUCUAGCAAUUUAAGUGAAUGCAGCAACUCUUCAUGGGCUGAGAUGGAAAACAAUGUCAUUGGAUCCAUUCAAAUGUAUCCACUCACAAUAGCAACCCAACAAAUGUUUAUAUUACGUUAUCUGACACCAAUGGGAGAGUACCAAGAGUUUCUUAGCCAUGUUUUUGAACACAACGCCUUAGAACUUAUCUUAAAAUACUUAAAUAUCAAAGAAUCUAAAGAUGCAAGACUUGCUUUUGAAGCUUUGAAAUACUUAGCAUCUCUCUUGUGUCACAAAAAGUUCUCUAUAGAAUUCAUAAAUGUUCAAGGUCUUCAGAGGCUGCUUGAAGUUCCUAGACCAAGUAUAUCAGCAACAGGAGUAUCUAUUUGCCUCUAUUACCUAGCCUACUGUGAAGAUGCUAUUGAAAGGGUUUGUCUCCUGCCCCAACAUACCAUAUCAGACCUAGUCACGUAUGCAUUGUGGCUUUUAGAACGCUCUCAUGAUUCUGGUCGUUGCCAUGCCACCAUGUUCUUUGGACUCUCAUUUCAGUUCAGGGUAAUCCUGGAAGAAUUCGACAGUCAGGAUGGCUUACGUAAACUGUACAAUGUGGUAAGCACACUCCCAAUCAUGACCACUGAGGAAGAGCAUGCCUUGAAUGAGGAUGAAGAAUGUUCUGCGCGUCAAAUAGUACGCCAUGUGUGCGUGGCUCUAAAAAGGUACUUUGAAGCUCAUUUGUGUAUCCGUGCAGAGCAAGUACGAAGAGCUCACAUGCGAGAGAGUGAAGACCACCGGCACCUGCAGCAUGUGCCCUCAUAUAAAGCGUCAAAGUGUACCCCUGAGGAGAUUCAGGAACAAAUUGAAACUCUUCUCCAACUGAUGUCCUUUAGAGCUAAUUGGGCCCCUGUAGAUGGAUUGCUUCGUUUAGGUGGGGUGACCCUGCUCCUGCAGGUGAUCGCUUUCGCCUACGAAUGGAACUACUCGGGCCGGUCAGUACGGGAUGCUGAAACUGUCCGUAGUGCCCUUGAUGUGUUAGCCAUCUGUUCAGUUAUGCCACAAGUGCAACUUCUUUUUUGUGAACAAGUUUCUAUGCCUGAUGAAGGCCUAACUGUGGCAAUGACCAUUAUUUUGGGUGCUGCAGAGGGGGAAAUAGUGGCAGACCCUGAUGUUCAGAGAUCUGCUCUGUCAGUUCUUAUUAAUUGUGUUUGUGCUCCAAUUCAUAGGGUUGGAGGCACAAUUGCUCGCUUUUCUGGGUCUGGGUAUGCACGAAAGAAAGCAAAUUUCCGGCUGAGCGAGGAUGUUAUUCUGAAAAUGUGGGACAGUGUGCGAUCUAAUAAUGGAAUAAUGAUAUUACUUACUUUGAUGACUGUUAAGACACCUAUAACUGAUGCUGAUUCCAUCAGAGCACUAUCCUGCCGAGCUCUUGCUGGUUUGGCACGAAGUGAAACUGUGAAACAGAUAAUUGGCAAACUCCCUUUGUUUACUAGUGGUCAACUUCAAAAUUUGAUGCAAAAUCCUAUCCUUCAAGACAAACGCCAAGAGCAUGUUAGCUUCCAGAAAUAUGCUCUUGAAUUAUUAGAGCGUGUUUCUGGUAAAACUAAGCCAUCAGGGAAUGAGUUUGAAAUAUCUCUAGCCAACAUUCACAGGGCAAACGUCAUUGCUCAGACACGCAUCCAUUUCAAUGACAAGCAGCUUUACCAGUUAAUACACCAACAUCUUUUAUCAAGAGGAAUGACAGAAAGUGCAGCUGCACUUCUGAAAGAGGCUGGGCUACCUGCUCCGAAACCUAGCCUGCCCCUUCCAUUAGCAUAUUCUUAUCAACGCACUUCUGUACCUAGCGUAAUUAGGCCACGGAUGAACAAUUCUCCGUUGACAAGCCAUCAUCACCUGCAUCGUCUUCCUUUGUCUUCUCCCCACCUUGCAUCCCUCUCCUCUCCUUGCUCCAGUCCAUCAAGUGUAGGAAGCAGUGGACUUACUCGGGGAUCUGCUUCUAAUAUAUUAGGCAGUGGAGCUUCUUUAAACAGCCCAAAUUCUCUGGCUAAUGUUUCCUCUCAGUCAGCUAUUAGUGAAGGGUUGACUCCAACCCCAAUCAAAUUAAGUUUGGCAAGUCACAGGAAAGAAUCAUUAUAUUCAAACAGCCCUGCUGGCAAGUCAUUACAGAAGCAAAUAACAUAUGAAUCCCCAUCUCUAAUUGCUUCACCCAUGCAAAAACCAGCAGCUGCCAUCACUGCAACUAGUUUAAUUCCAACUGCUGAAAAUCAGGUGUCGUUGGAUUCUAUUAUCACUGAAUAUCUCACAAAUCAGCAUGCCCUUUGCAAAAAUCCCAUGAUUACCUGUCCUCAGUUCAACUUGUUUGAACCACACAAGUGUCCGGAUCCAAAAGCUAAGAGAAAUGCACCACUUAAUUUCACACUAAGACAUGUGCGCCGUUCUGUGUACCCAUCUUUUGAUGGCCCAGAGGGUAUUCGUCUUGAUAGACGUCUUGUUCAUAGUAGAUUUUGCCCUGUCCGAACUUUCCGUCCAGCUGAAGAGGAUAGCUUCUACACCUGCUGUGAAUUUCUACCAAAUGGGCAACAACUUGUUGUGGGAACAUAUCAAGGUGAAGUUAAAUUGUAUAAUUUACAAUCAGCUGUGCAAGAAGAGGUAUCUGUCCAGUGCCAUGAUUCCUAUAUCCAUCAUCUGCAAGCCCAUAAGAAUGGAAAACUUUUAUUAAGUUCUUGCACCUGGCGACAACCAUUGUCAGCCUUGUGGUCCAUUAACAACACAACAUUUGAAUCUAAGUAUAAUCUAUCUCAAGAAGAGUAUGUUGAAUUUAGUAAGCAUGAACAAGAUAAAUUAAUAGCAACCAACAGUAAUGACCAGACUGCUACGGUAUAUGAUUUGGAGACUGGAAAAAAGAUAUUGACACUCAAGCCCACAGUGUCAAACCAGUACAAUAAAAACAAGGCCACUUUUAGUCCUACAAAUGAAUUAGUUCUAUCUGAUGGUGUUGUAUGGGAUGUCAACUCAGGAAAAGAAAUCCAUAAACUAGACAAGCUGAACCAGAAUUUUAGUGGUUUAUUCCAUCCAAAUGGCUUAGAAAUUGUCUCAAACACAGAGGUUUGGGACCUCAGAACAUUCCAUUUAUUAAGAACAGUCCCAACUUUAGACCAGUGUGAAAUAGUCUUCUCUCCAGAUGGAGGUGUUAUUUAUACAUUUUUAGUAGAAACAGAAAAUGAUGACUCAAAGGAUGCUUUUGAGUCAUCAUUCCGCACUCUUGAUGCCCAUGAUUAUUCCCCAAUUGCCACUAUAGAUGUUAAAAAAAAUAUUCAUUACAUUGCUUGCAAUAAGUAUGACACCCAAAUAUGUAUUGUUGAAAAUGUAGGGAUGUUUGACAAUGUUCAAGAGUCGAGUGUGCGGGUUUAUGAUGUAGGACGUCGCAGAGCUGAUGACGACGAAGCGGAGGAUGAAGAAGAGGAUGAUGAUGAUGACGAUGAUAUGGAUGAUGAUGAUGCAUCAUCGGAGGAUAAUUUAAAUGCAAAUGGUCUCAUGAAUCUUAUUGAUGAACUAGAUGUUGACGACCAAAAUGAGGGGGAUGACGAUGGAGAGGGAGGGGAUGAUGACGAUGAAGAUGAUGAUCAGGGAGAUGCUGAAGACGAUUCAUCUUCUUCUUCAUCAGAUGACAGCAAUGAUAUAGAAGCAGUCAGCAUUGCAAGUUCUGAUUCAGACUUUCUGAACUACCUUGGCUGAAAAAAAUUAAGUGCCUUCUUCACCCAAGUGAAAAUUUCAAGAAAUUAGUGUGAAUUUUGGGAAGUAUUGCUUAACUUUUCAAAAAGCUGGUUUACAUUAAUCGUACUUUGAUAUUUUCUACCUGUUAGAAUGAUAUCUUUUGGAACUCUCCGAACUGAUUGUAAACAUGAAGUUGUAUAUUUUUUUAUCACAUAACUAUGGGUCUGUUUGUGCAUUUGAUUCUUUGCCAAGCCUAGUCAAUGAGCUGUAUUGAAUAAUCUUUUAAUGAAGUACCACAAAAUUAAAAUGAGGUACUUUCCUAUUUAUCUUCUUCAGAAGACUUGAUGUGAUCAGGAAGUUGUAACAAAUUUUGUUUUGCUUGGGAACAUUUUAAAAAAUUUAUAGAAAACAUGAUUGGAAAUCUUAACACCAUUAUAUAUGAUAUUCUGUACAGGCCAUUUUUUCUCUCAAUAAAUGUAUUAUGUGAUUGACUGUA